GCGCGGCUCGUAGCUCCGGCCUCCAAGCUAGCCCAGCGAAGACCACGACCACGACAACCGGUCCCGAAGACGGCAGCCGAAUUCUCUGGCGGUCGAUAGGACAGCGUCUCUUGUCGGGGCCCUCAAGCGCCAGGCGGCAAAUUUAUAUCCAGAGGACCAAUCGCCACAAGUUCGGGCACAGAGCAUCACCAAUCCGGCCUCUCGAUCCCAAAAUCCCUCCACGUACCCGACGACGACGGCGACAAGAACAACACCAAGAACAGCAACAUGGUCGCUCUCUCCGCCGUGACCCGCACGACGGGCACGACCAGCACGACCGACACGUCGUACAUUACGACCACGGAGCGGCGGCUCGCCCGCGUGCACCGGUACCACUGGCCGGCGAUCCAGCUCAACGUGUGGAUGCUCAUCAUGCUCGCGGCGUCGCUGUGCAUCAUUGGCAUUUUCGGGACCUUUAUCACACAGCAGAAGCAGCUGCUGCUGCCGAUACCAUGGGUCUUCCCAUACUUCAUUACCACCGGCGCCCUCACGGUCGUCUUCAUCGCCCUGCUGCUCUACCUCAUCGCCCAGCGGCGCCUGCUGCCCUCGAUCGUGAUAAUCGGCGCCUUUGCGCUCUUCGUCCUCUGGCUCACAGGGCUCGUCGUCGUCAGCACGGAGCUGUGGGGCGGCGUCAACGGCUCCGGGUCCGUCGCGGGCAACUGCGACGUGCUCGUCUUCAACGCCGCCCCAGUCGGGGUCAGCCAGGAGACGCUUGCGUGGCUGGCGCAAAAGUCCAUCUGCCAGAGCUGGCAGGCCGUGUUUGCGUUUGCGCUGAUUGGGUGUGUCUUCUUGGUGUGGAUCUUGGUUAUUGCUAUUCAGGUGUUUUAUGAUGAUGAUGCGUAAGGGGAGCUUACCUUCCCCCAGGUUAGGGGCAGUAUCCGUAUGGAAGGGAUAAUACUGGUUUUUUGUUGAUUUUACAAGAGCGAUUGAGAGGCAGAGAGAGAGUUGAGAGAGAGUUUGGAGGCA